AGCCCCGUCACCUCCUCCUCCUCCUCCUCCUCCUCCUCAUGUACAUUAUUACAACAAGGGAGACCCAAUCAAGCACGUAUCUCAUCGAUUCACGCACACGCGCGCGCAGCUACACAACCACACGCACGCCCACACGUGCAUACGCGUACAUACCGACUGAGUGACUUGCCCUCAGCGGAUUUUUCAAAGCGCUCUCGGACAAAAUAACGUGAGCCGUGCCAGGCAGGGCAGCGUGUGGGCGACCAGUCCCCGGCCGUCACCUCCUCCUUUUCCCUCCUCCUCCUCCUCCUCCUCCUCUUUUCUCCUCCGCUAUCGCUCCUGAGAAUUAACAAACUGAAAAAAAAAGCUGCAUGUGGCUUUGUUUUUCCCCUCUCACACCGCCGUCAGGACUUGCCAGAGGCGAAUGGAUUUUUAUGAGAUGCUUUCGGGCACGUUUCAGCUGGUCCGGCUCUUGGCUUUGAAUUGUGCGUGAUUGCCGGGAAAGCUCAUGGAUAGCGCUGCGGAGGAUCAGCCCCUGAACUUGCCUGUUGCAGCCCCCGACGCCGAACGGAGGAUCGCACGGAGGCGUACGGUGCUUUUUUAACAAUUUCUCCCGACUGGUGUUUUUCUACCGCGGAGCCCCCUCUGUUCCUGCCCCUCGCCGCGUCCAUCCAAGCCGGAGCGGGCGAGAGAGCGACCGAGCCGCCGACGGAGAGAGCAGCCAGCCGUGGGGAGUCACGCUGGUUUCCCGCCCCCCACUCUCUCUCCCCUUUUUUUCUUUACUUGUCUUCGCAUCUACUGGCUCUUUCUCCUUUGAUUUCUUUUUGCGACCCAAAACUGCACAUUACCCCUCCUCCCGACGAGCACCCUCCCCGAUCUAUGUGGGAGCCCUGAGAGCAGCGCACCCAGGGGGGCAAAACUGUGUAUCAAAGCUUCGCGGAUUCCCCAGGCAGCCUCGGAUCACCGGGGCCAGAGAACUCCCCGCCGGGCCCCCGGAGCCGACAUGCCGCGGAGGAAGCAGCAAGCGCCGCGGCGCGCCGCAGCAUAUGUCCCUGAAGAUGAGAAGGAAGCAGCCCUGUUGGAUGAGGACCUGGAUGGAGAUGACUCAGCUCAGGAAGGGGAGGAACCUGCUGCCAAGUUCCUUUGUCAAGACAAGGACUUCCUUCUCAAGGACAGACCAGGAUCCACUGGCUUCCAUGACUCCCCCAAUGCUGCUGACUUUUCUGGUCAGGAGCUGGACAGUGAGUCUCACGUGAGCGAAUCCAGUGACAGAAUGUCCGAUUUUGAGAAUUCCUCACUUAAAAAUGAGGAUGAUGUCCUCCUAUCUAAAGACCCCUCAAAUGCCCUGUCUUUGUCUUCCUCUGCCAUAAUGGCUGCUGUCAAUGCCACUGCCCAAGUAAGUGGAGAUGAGGCCAUUUUAGCCACAACAGGGUCUGUGGCUGACAGCCUAGAAAAGAUGAAGGCCAUUUACACCUCCUUUCUGACCAACUCCUAUUGGUCCACACUGAAUUUGAACCUGAGCCAGCCCCCUGCAGAAAAACCCCCACGCAGUCACAGCAGCAGCAGUAGUAGCAGCAGUAGCAGUAGUUGUGGAAGUGGAGGCUAUGACUGGCACCAGACAGCUAUGGCUAAAACCCUCCAACAGGCCUCACAGAACCACCACAACAGACUGGGCCUGGUUCAUCACCCCACAGUGGCUGUAUCCACAGUGUCUACAGAACCUAACCUCUUCAGCACUGUCCAGCUGUACCGACAGAGCUCCAAGCUCUAUGGCUCUAUAUUCACCGGUGCAAGCAAAUUCCGCUGUAAGGACUGCAGUGGAGCCUAUGACACACUGGUGGAGCUCACAGUGCACAUGAAUGAGACAGGCCACUACCGAGAUGAUAACCACGAGACAGGUGGUGAGGGUGCUAAACGGUGGUCAAAACCCAGAAAGCGUUCCUUGUUAGAGAUGGAGGGGAAGGAGGAUGCACAAAAAGUCCUGAAGUGCAUGUACUGUGGGCACUCCUUUGAAUCCCUUCAGGACUUAAGUGUCCACAUGAUCAAGACAAAACAUUACCAGAAAGUGCCUCUGAAAGAGCCUGUUACACCAGUGGCAGCUAAGAUUAUCUCCACGGCUCGAAAGAGAGCUCCUAUUGAACUAGACGUCCCAAGCUCACCUGACUCAAACGGAGGGAUCACACCUAAGCCCCCUGCGCUCAAUGACUCAAAUGACAUACUCCAGAGGGUAACAAACCCUUACAUCACACCUAACAACCGCUAUGGACACCAGAAUGGUGCCAGCUAUGCCUGGCAGUUUGAAUCCAGGAAGUCACAGAUCCUCAAGUGCAUGGAGUGUGGCAGCUCUCAUGACACACUACAAGAGCUAACUGCUCACAUGAUGGUGACUGGACACUUUAUUAAAGUCACCAACUCUGCGAUAAAGAAAGGUAAACCCAUCAUAGAGUCACCAACCAUAGCCCCUACAACCAAUUUAACAGGUGAAGAAAAGUUCCAAUCUGUUCCCCUCGCUGCCACAACAUUCUCUCCUCCACCUGCCCCAGUGCCUCCUCCAACCAGCAUCUCCCCUAUUGCCAUGGCUGUGGAGAUAAAAAAGGAGGAAAAGGAGGAGGAAUGCACUAAGGAGCCCAUUAUCAACAAUGGUAACAUUCUCAACAAAGAGAAGAAAGCAGGAGUUGAGGAGGAGGCUGAGGAAAAGUUUGAUAUUUCUUCAAAAUACUCUUAUCUGACUGAAGAGGAUCUGGAGGAAAGUCCAAAAGGGGGUCUCGAUAUCCUAAAGUCAUUGGAAAACACAGUGACGUCAGCCAUCAACAAAGCACAGAAUGGUGCUCCAAGUUGGGGUGGGUAUCCCAGUAUCCAUGCUGCCUAUCAGCUCCCUAACAUGAUGAAGCUGUCGCUAGGCAAUGCUGUGAAGAGCUCCCCCCUUAAAUACAUGUUCCCUGGAGGGGACAUUCUCUCCCCAACUAGUAAGAGCCAGCCGCUCCUCUCUCCUCCGGGCCGCCAGACCUCUCCAUUGCCAAAAAACAACUUCCACGCUAUGGAGGAACUGGUCAAGAAAGUGACAGAGAAAGUGGCCAAGGUAGAAGAAAAAAUGAGAGAGCCCAGUAGCAUUCUAAGGGUUUCUCCUCUAAGACGUACCACGCCCUCACCUUGCAACAGUGAGGUAGGGGACUCAGUUCGAGGAGCGUCCCCUAAAGAAAAUAGAGCAGAAGGCUGUAACACUCCUGAGAAUAAUAGCGGAGUGGAAAAAGUAGUAGGAAAUGGAAAUGGAGCAGAUCAUGGGAUAUCAAAUGGAGAUAUUUCCAUGAAAGAGUCUGUAGAAAAUGGUGUGGAGUCAGCUGCUGUGACAUCACCCCUGCCUGCCUCCCUGACUGGCAGUACAGCUAUCAUUACAGACCAUCCACCUCCAGAACAGCCAUUCAUCAACCCUCUCAGUGCACUGCAGUCAGUAAUGAACGUCCACCUGGGGAAGGCUGCUAAGCCUGCCCUGCCCUCCCUUGACCCCAUGAGCAUGUUGUUCAAGAUGAGCAACAGUCUGGCAGAGAAGGCAGCAGUGGCUGCUUCCACACCACCAGCACAGACCAAAAAGCCCAGUAAUGACCACUUAGACCGCUACUUCUACCAGCAACAUCUAAACAAUGACCAACCCAUUGAUCUCACCAAAGGCAAAAAUGCUGAUAAAAACAACAGUAGUGGUUCUCUGGGCUCGACAGCUCUGUCUUCCACUGCUUCCACUCCAUCCUCACUUCCUCCCCCCUCCACUGUCACUAUGACCAAAGCCUCAGCUGCAGUAGCUUCCUUUAUGUCCUCCUCCCCAUUGAGAGAAAAUGCGCUGUCAGAUAUUUCUGACAUGCUGAGGAACCUAACAGAAAGUCAUGCUCUUUCCAAGUCCUCCACACCUACCAGCCAGUCUGAGCGCUUCGACAUUGAAGGUGUCACACAGGAGGAAGCAGACGAUAUUUCACCAGCCCAGAAACGUAAAGGCCGCCAGUCAAACUGGAACCCCCAACACCUACUCAUCCUACAAGCCCAGUUUGCUGCCAGUCUGAGACAAACAAGUGAUGGCAAGUAUAUAAUGUCUGACCUGAGCCCACAGGAGAGAAUGCAUAUCUCCCGUUUCACUGGUCUCUCAAUGACUACAAUAUCCCAUUGGUUGGCUAAUGUCAAGUACCAGCUAAGGAGAACCGGUGGCACCAAGUUCUUGAAAAACUUGGAUUCCGGUCACCCAGUUUUCUUCUGCAGUGACUGCGCCUCCCAGAUCCGCUCACCAUCCACCUAUGUCAGCCACUUGGAAUCCCAUCUGGGCUUCCGCCUGCGAGACUUGGCCAAGCUUUCUGGGGAGCAGCUGCUCAGCCAGAUAUCACAGCAACACCAUCAACGCCACAUCAAAGGACUAUCUGAAAAACUGCUCUCUAAUCUUCACUCAUCUAGCCACCCUUUACCCUCCUCUCUACCUACAUCCUUAACCUCGUCCUUACCCAUCUCCCUUCCCUCUUCCUUAACCACCUCCCUGCACUCGACUGAACCCCCAUCACCCUCCCCUGACGACGACGACAGUGUGGCCAUGUACCAGUGCAAGCUCUGCAAACGGACUUUUGCGAGUAAGCAUGCGGUCAAGCUUCACCUGAGCAAGACUCAUGGGAAGUCCCCAGAGGACCAUCUUAUGUAUGUGUGUGAGCUGGAGAAACAGUAGCACUGGCUUGGGACAACUCUGCACUCUUUCAUAAUGGCUCACUGUUUUCUUGCUCUGUCUCUUUAUCCUUUCAUAGACAUUUCUUUCAAAGAAAAGAAAGGAUUAUUAAUGUGAUGGAACUGCACAAAGAUGCCAUACAACUACUGCUUUGAGUUUUGGUACAUGGUUUUAAAUUUUGCGUUGUAGCAGUUGUUUUUUUUCUCUGUUUCAGAGUGAGGUAGUCUCACUUUGGCCCACUCGAUUUCAUGAUCUGAGUGUGUGAUGUGAUCUCCUUUUUAGGACUAGUACAUUUUUUCAUAAUGUGCAGAUGGGGGAUGUUGUCAGUAAGAAGACACCGUAAAUGAAGGUUUAAAAAAAGAGAUUCUAAAAUGAAGUGGUAUGUAUUUUGUGUACAUGAAAAUUAAGUUCAUUUAUAUUUUGACAUCACUGGGGUGUGAUAAGCUGCAUGCAUAAAUAAAACAGUUUAGUUAAACAUUUUAUAACUAAAUCUGGUGCACUUUCCAUUAUUUUCUCUCUUCAUGUUUUCACUCUUCUGCUCGCUCUUUUUUUUUUUAAAUAACAUUUUUGUGCUGGAGUCAGCAUUUAAAAUUUAACCCUCUGAGUACGUCAAAGCACUUCUACACCUAAGAUCCAAACACCAUAGACUAAAGAUUUGAGAUUGGGAAUUUCUGAAGCUAUUGUGAGAAUCUGAUGGAUAAUGUGUGCAUGUGUCUGCAAUGAUUGUUUCCCAGACAUACAGUAUGUUGAGUCUAAUGCUACACAUGAAAGCAAGAGUAUUCUGUAUUAAGUGCAAAGUAUUCACCUUGGGCUAAACACUUGUCUGGAAGAUGCUCAAAGGAUUUGACACAAGCAUUGUAGCAAUGUGGUAAAAAAAAAGAAAAAAAAAAGGGAAAUCUUAUGUCUUUUACUUUGGUCGAUCAGGGACCUAUAUUAAUUCAGGUCUGUGUAAAAUAUGUAUAUAAAAACAUAUUAAAUAAUUCCUGUCUAAAUUAUGCAUCAUUUCUAUAUUUUUAAUUUAAAAGGAUUAUGACUAUCUGCUGGUGCACAGUAUAUGAAGACAUAAAUAAAAUUGUUUUGCACAAUAGUUUUAUAAAUGUGUUAUUUAAUCAAAUGAUACAAAAAAAAUGGAGGUUACAAAGGGUUGACAACAGGUGAAUCUUUUUAUUCCUGACUCGUGCUCAAAGGGUUAAAGACUCUUUUUACCAGACACUACUCGACAUGUGCCGCUGUAUGAACAUUAAAAAGAUAUUAAAGGUUGUACAAAAAAGAUGUUACUUUAUGAAGAUAUUUCACAUGUAAACUGUUAUUUAUAAGCACUCUUGGUUGUUUCAUAUCGUUGAAUGCCUUUUUGAUUUUUUCUUUUGUUUUGUUCUGUCUAAUUGCUCUGCCAUGAUUCCACACUGCAGCUUUAUCUUUUUGGGAUAUGAAAGGUAACCAUGGUUACACUAACCCCUUGAGUGACAAGUUCUGCUACAUUUUUGGCAGUUAAUUUGCUAAAGUAACUGACAGCUGCCAGUGUAGAGAAGUAUUAAAAAAAAUCCUUAUGUGUAAAAUAUCGGCAUGUAAACAGCACAGAUACUGUUAUGCAUUCUGUGCUGUUAGUCUUUUUCAUUUUGUUUUUCGUUUUCUGUUGUUGUUGUUCUUGACAAUGAACCCCCAUUAUAUGACUUCAUAUAACCUUGUUUUCUACUGCAGCAUUAAAAAAAAGGAAACUGUUUUUGCAA